AUGGCGUCGCCGCCCCCCGUUGAAGACCAGGCCCGGCUGCUCGAAGAUGCGCUCGCCGUGGUGCGCCAGCAGACGAUGCUCAUGCGGCGGUGUCUCGAGACCCCCGGGAAGCUGAUGGAUGCGCUCAAGUGCAGCUCGACGCUCGUCUCCGAACUGCGCACAAGCAGCCUCGGCCCCAAGCAGUACUACGAGCUCUACAUGGCCGUCUUCGAUGCCCUGCGCCAUCUUGCUGUCUACCUCCGCGAGAACCACCCGGUCAACCACCUGGCCGACCUGUACGAGCUCGUCCAGUACGCCGGCAACAUCAUCCCCCGUCUGUACCUCAUGGUCACCGUGGGCACCGUCUACAUGGCCAUUGAGGAUGCGCCGGUCAAGGAGAUCAUGAAGGACAUGAUGGAGAUGAGCCGUGGCGUGCAGCACCCCAUCCGGGGCCUGUUCCUGCGCUACUACCUCGCCGGUCAGGCACGCGACCACCUCCCCGCGGGCGACAGCGAAGGGCCCGAGGGCAACCUGCAGGACUCGAUCAGCUUCAUUCUGACCAACUUUGUCGAGAUGAACAAGCUGUGGGUGCGAUUGCAACACCAGGGCCACUCGAGGGAGCGCGAGCAACGGACAAAGGAGCGCCAGGAGCUACAGCUCCUCGUGGGCAGCAAUCUGGUCAGGCUCAGCCAGCUCGUCGAUCUGGAAAACUACAAGAAGAUACUCAACCCCCUGCUUGAGCAAAUCGUACAGUGUCGAGACGUCCUGGCGCAAGAGUACCUCUUAGAAGGCAUGUCUCGGUCGAUGCGAUGCGCGCUUGAUGCCCAGCUAACACGAAACAGUCGUCACCCAGGUCUUCCCCGACGAGUUCCACCUGCACACGCUCGAUCAGUUCCUCUCCGCGGUCGCGAGACUCAACCCACACGUAAACGUCAAGAGCAUCGUUGUAGGACUGAUGGAUCGUCUAUCCUCGUAUGCACAACGCGAAGCCGAGUCAGAGAGCCCAGAGCAGCGCAAGAAGACUGAAGAGGAGUCCAUAGCGCAGCUGCUUGAGCGAUUGCGAUUAGCAAAGGAGAAGAGCACAGAGACAGAGGCCGCAUCUACACAACAAAACGGCGACCCUACCGAAGGUGCCGAGACACAACCGGGAGCAGACGAGACUUCGACCGCAUCUUCGACGACAGCCGUAUCCCUUGCAGACACCGAGACAGUCGAUUCAGAUGGUGCAAUUGAAAAGAGACGUGGCAUACCCAGCAAUGUAAAGCUCUUUGAGAUCUUCCACGAGCAAGUGCAGACACUCGUCAAGAUGCAACGGCUGGCCAUACAAGACGCCAUCGGGUUGUUGGUAUCGCUUGCAAACCUUGCUUUGUAUGUGAGAUAUGAACUGUGACAGAAAGCCUGCUAAUUCAGUCAGAAACAUAUACCCCGAACGCCUCGAUUACAUCGACCAGGUUCUGACAUUCGCAACCCAGAAAGUUACCGAGUACCAGAACAGCGCCGACCUGCACUCGCAGGCAACACAAAGCCAAAUCCUCAACCUACUUCUCUCUCCCAUCAAGACCUACGUUUCCCUCUUCACAGCGCUUGCUCUACCGAAUUACAUCCCUCUCCUACAUUCUCAACCGUACCCUACACGACGGGCAGUCGCAGGCGAGAUUGCAAGGAGCCUGAUGCGAAAUAAGACCCCGAUCACCUCUGUAGAAAAUCUUGAAAGCGUGCUGGAAAUAUUGAAGGUCCUCAUCCGCGAAGGCAUCCAACAAGCGCAAGGGUACCCUGGCGGCCCCAUCCAAAGAAGAGCACAAGAAACCGAAGAGACCAUAGAAGAGCAAGGCUGGCUGGCACGGAUUGUACAUCUGAUACAUGGAAAAGACAACGACACCCAGUUCAAGGUAGGUCCUGCAGAUUUGGUCUGGGAAAACAAGACGCUAACAAGCUUCAUAGCUUCUUCAAGCGGCUCGCAAAGCCUUCUCGGAAGGCAAUGAGCGCGUGAAGUAUACCACACCGGCCAUCAUUACAGCGUCUCUUAAACUUGCGAGGCAGUACAAGAAGCGCGAACAUUUCGACGACAACUGGCAAUCGCAGUCUUCAGCGCUCUACAAAUUCAUGCACAACACCCUCUCCACACUUUACAGCCGUGUCACAGGGUCUGCUGAUCUUUCGCUGCGCCUGUUCAUUGCGUGCGGACAAGUCGCGGAUCAGAACAACUUUGAAGAAGUCGCGUACGAAUACUUUGCGCAGGCAUUUACAAUCUACGAGGAAGCAAUCAGCGACUCGAGAGCGCAAUUCCAGGCCGUCUGCGUGGUAGCCAGUGGGUUGCACACCACACGAAACUUCGGCAAAGAGAACUACGAUACACUGAUUACGAAGUGCGCGCUGCAUGGCAGCAAGCUGCUGAAGAAGCCAGACCAGUGCCGUGCUGUCUACCUUGCCAGUCAUUUGUGGUGGGCGACAGAGCUUAGGGCGCUCGGAGAGGAGGAUCCCAAGAACGUAAGUCUUACGCAUGGUGUAGCAGAUAAGAUUGCAACUGACAUCGAUAGCUCUACCGUGAUGGCAAGCGCGUGUUGGAAUGCCUGCAGCGUGCGCUCCGUGUCGCUGAUGCAUGCAUGGAUGCGGCGGUGUCCGUGGAGCUCUUCGUUGAAAUUCUGAACCGCUACGUCUACUACUUCGAUCAGGAGAACGAUGCUGUAAGUCUCCCAUUUCCACGUUCUCAACAUUCUGCUAACCACGUACAGGUGACGACCAAGUACCUCAAUGGUCUCAUCGAGCUUAUCCACUCCAACCUCUCGUCGAACGAGAACGCAUCGAGCCUCGAGAACCCGAGGAAACACUUCCAGCGCACGCUCGAUUACAUAGCGAGUCGGGAGUACGAGGGUGUCAUAACAGCACCAAAGUAA